AUGAACGGGCAAAGCAAAAGAACAUUCAAGGAGAAAUUUGCCUUGAAGAACAGCUUUAUAAAAGAAGCCCUGUCGGAAUUCCUGGGAACAUUUGUAAUGAUAGCGCUCGGAUGUGGGUCUGUUGCCCAAGCUGUCCUUAGCCGAGGGGCCAUGGGUGGAACCGUAACAGUAUCCGUUGGAUUUGCAAUGGCAGUCACUAUGGCAGUGUAUGUCUCUGGGGGCGUGUCUGGUGGUCACAUAAACCCAGCCGUUUCAUUAGCCAUGAGUGCAACUGGAAGGUUGAAAUGGACCAAAUUACCUUUUUAUAUAUUAGCACAAUUCCUGGGAGCAUUCGUUGGAGCAGCAGCUGUCUUUGGGAUUUAUUAUGAUGCACUCAUGAACUACAGUGGUGGAGAGCUUAUAGUUACAGGAUCUAAUGCAACCGCACAUAUUUUUGCAACUUAUCCAGCUCCACAUCUGUCCCUGAUAAGUGGAUUUGCAGAUCAAGUGAUGUCAACAGCUCUUCUUGUUCUGGUUGUCUUUGCUAUUUUUGACACCAAAAAUAUGGGUGUACCAAAGGGCUUGGAACCAAUUGCAGUUGGACUUCUUAUCCUUCUGCUCACUUGUUCCUUGGGAAUGAACAGUGGCUGUGCCAUGAACCCAGCCAGGGACCUAAGCCCAAGGAUUUUCACAGCUAUAGCAGGAUGGGGUUUCGAAGUAUUCACGGCUGGAAAUAACUGGUGGUGGGUUCCUACAGUUGCACCUAUGAUGGGAGGAGUAAUUGGAGCCGUUACCUAUAUUAUUUUUAUUGAAAUUCACCAUUCAGAUACACAGCUGGAAGAAGACACUGAUAUGUAUGAGAAAUAUGAACUUACCAAUAUGGAGAAAGAAGAAAGAAUUUGCGAUCAGCACCCUGUUCGGAUUUAA